AUGCAGUCACGCUUUGUUCUCAAAACUAUUUUCUUGUUCAGUUUAAAUAUAAUCUCGGCAAUUGACACUUGCGAUGGAAUCACUCAACAUGGUUAUCCAUGUCAAACACAUCAACUGACUACUACGGAUGGUUAUAUUUUGACCGUGUUUCGCAUUCCUUAUUCCCAUCGUGGCAAAACGCGCAACAAUGUAACCACCGCCAGUAGACCUCCUGUUCUACUCAUGAAUUGUGUGCAGUGCUCCUCGGAUAUAUGGGUGCUUCUUGGCCCACAUAAUGGUCUGCCAUUUAUGUUGGCCAAUUUCGGUUAUGAUGUGUGGUUGGCCAAUGCCCGGGGCAAUGUAUAUUCCGAAAAACAUAUAAAAUUCGAGCCUUCCUCGACUGCGUUUUGGGAGUUUUCAUUGGAUGAAAUCGGUAACAUUGAUGUGCCUGCGACAAUCGAUUACAUAUUAGCAGCAACCAACUCGCAGAGUCUUCAUUAUGUGGGCUUCUCAAUGGGUGUCACAGCCUUUGUGAUGGCCCUUGCCAGCCAUCCCAGUUAUAAUCAAAAGAUACGUACCUCUCAUCUGCUCGCGCCCGUUGUGUUUUUUUGCCACGCCAGAGGACCGUUGCCCACACUGGGCGUACCUUUGUUGGGAAACAAUAAUCCCUUGUCUGUACGCCUGGGUACCCUACCACUACACCAAUUGGUCUUCCUGUUUCGAGAAGUGGCGAGCAGGAUUUGCCUGCUACCCGAUUAUCAGAGUGUGUGUAUACAACUUUUGAACUUUUUUGUGGGCUGGGAUUCUCCUUACCUGAAUAGAAACUUGCUGCCGGAAAUUUUGGCGACCACUCCAGCUGGUGGUUCUAUUCGGCAAUAUCACCAUUAUCUGCAGUUGGCUGCCUCCUGUGGCUUUCGCGCCUUUGACUUUGGCUUAGAGAGGAAUUUGCGAAAAUAUGGCAAACCAAAACCACCUGCCUACAACCUAACAAAUGUUCAUCCCAAAACUCCUAUGGAAAUGUACUUUAGUGACAAUGAUUUUCUGGCAGAUACUCAAGAUCUCUAUCGGCUUUCUGAAAUAUUUGGUAAAAAAGCCUCAUGGAAUCGUGUGAAAUACAUGAAAUUCAAUCACUUUGAUUUUGCCUUGGCCUAUAAUCUUAAGGAGUGCAUCUAUGACUGUGUUGUGCAUAGAAUGCAGCGAUAUGAGGGUCGCGAUUUCAACUUAGACUUGUGCAAAUGUUUUCGUAAUAAACCUUUUUGAGAUAAUGCGA